AAUAGCUUUGAUUAGUACAAGAUUUAUAGUCUACGUGGGAAAACAUGCGUUGCAUUGUUUUCUACUUCAUUAUUCUGCACUUAUGUAGCGCAGACUUAUCUGACAUAUAUAGGGGAAAAGCAAAACUCCGACAAGCAGAUGGAAUGGAAUUCGAUUCGAUUUCACGAGCAACUCUUCUACAGAAACUGGCCGCUUUCGAAGAAAACAUUCAAAAUCGUUUAGCUAGUGUCAUAUCUUUAGCUUCUCCAGUUGGUUGUGUUUUGUGCGGUUAUUUGAUAGAUAAAUUUGGAAGACGUACUAUGAUCAUUUACAGUCAACUACCGGUUUGUAUCGGAUGGGUAUAUACUGGUGUUGCUAACUCUGCCAAACAUAUUAUACUAGGUAGAAUUAUUACUGGCGUGGGUCUUGGGAUGGUGAUGUGCGUUCCUAGAGUUUACAUGACUGAGGUUUCACUACCGAAUAUGAGGGGUGUGAUUGGUUCGUUUCCUAAUAUUGCUAUGUCUGUUGGCAUUGCUAUGCAGGAAGAAUUAGCGGCACUCUUAAGACGGUCUUCCUUGAAACCAUUUUUCCUUAUGACAAUAUAUGGUGUGAUAUCCCAACUGUCAGGUGCCUCAGUUAUAUUUAUGUGGACUAUUGAUAUAUUAGAGGUAUAGGUGUUGGUAUAGUUUGCAUAUCUCUCGCUCUUUUGAUUCGAUAUAAAGAGCAAUCGACUGUUUGGCCUCAGAUUGGCUAUAUGGUGUAUAUUGCGUUUGUCACGAUGGGCUACUAUACUCUACCGCCUCUAAUUAUGUACGAAUUGUAUCCUUUACAAGUAAGAGGAUUACUUGGAGGGAUAUCAAUAUCAAAUUUAAAUUUGUUUAUAUUCACUGCGAACAUUUGUUACCCGUAUGUGCGAGAUAUGCUUGGUUUUUCGAACACGAUUCUUGCUUUCGGCGUUUCUUCUUUAAUAGGCUGCAUAUUCUUAUACUUUUACUUGCCAGAAACAAGAGAUUUAACACUA